AUGGCAUUUGUUAUUGUCAAAUACGGAGCAAAUGAAGAAAAAAUGGUGAAUCCAAACUGUCUUGGUGCCGUUAUGCUUAGCCAUAUCAAAAAAUCGUGUGGAUAUGCCGAUAUCUCAGAGAAUAUCGAUCUUGCAUCUGAGACUGGCGAGGUUGUCGACCUUGUUUCGCGACCACGCGAAUAUGCCAGAAAGUUUCUCGAACCUCGUGGAUCCUAUAUUUUAGUCAAAGUAAUUGGAGAUGAGAUGGAGGAUUCAUCGCCGACAUAUAUCUCAUUACUUGAUCAAGCUGGCGAAAAAAUCAAGUUUUCAGUUACAAACCCAACGUUCAGAACGCGGAUCAAAGGCAAGACAGGAACCAGAGGAGAUCCGCCAAAAUCAGAUAAAACAGAUGAUGUUCUAACAGCUCUUCCAGUGAAAAUUGGCAAAGUCACUCAACAAGCUAAAUCUGGAAAAACUGAAAAGGCAGAAUCUAGAGGAACAGAUAAACUCGGUAGCAUAUCUGCUGGAGGGCUAUCUGGGGCUGAAGAUCUUAGUAUACAUCGAAAGAGUAUUGUCGAGCCGAUUUUAUCAAGUGCAGUAUCACUUGAAAAAAAAUCUACCGCUAAAUCUACCACUAAAGCAUCUACAAGUGCGGUUCCGGCUGGACUAACACCCAUUAUUACAGCAGCAUCAGAAUUAAAUCAAACUACAAUCAAAAAAGGAAAAUAA